AUGGUUCAAGAUCAGACACUCUUCAUAUGGCUUAUAUCGACUAUCUCUGAAUCUGUGCUUCCAAGAGUUCUUUCGUGCAAACACUCCUUUGAAGUAUGGGAUAAGAUUCACAAGCAUUUCAAUGCAAUGAUGAAGGCCAAGGUUUUCCAACAGUGUUAUGAACUCAAGACUACAAAGAAAGACAAUUGCACAGUGUCGGAGUACUUUCUCAAGAUCAAAUUGAUUGCUGACUCUUUGCUUGCUGUAGGUGAUGUUAUCACAGAAGAAGCUCAAAUUGAUGUUAUCUUGGAUGGUCUUCUUGAGGAAUACAGUUCGUUCAUGAUGCAAAUGCAUGGUAAAUCUGAAUCCCCCACUCUCUAUGAUGUUGAAGCAUUAUUGUAUGUGCAAGAAGGGCAAUUGGAUAAAUUUCACCAAGAACUUGCGCUCUCCAAUGUUUCUGCUAAUCUUGCUAUAUCCCACUCUAAACAAAAUGCUGCCUCCAAUUGA